AUGACGAACGAGGCCAGGACUACAGACCGUGUGCAGGCCAUCAGCGAUGUGUGCCAUGGCCUCCGGCACGCAGAGAGCUGCGCUAGCGUUGAGGUUCCACUGGCGCAACCCACCCUGGUCUCAGCGUUGUGGUCCAAACUGCAGCAGGGAGGCGAAACUACCGAGCGGCCGGGGACUGUCCUUGAUUCACUUGAAUCAUACCGCCUUGGGUUCCGCACCUCACCGGGCGGCUGUGACCCAGGGGCGAAUCAGCGGCCGGUCAGCAUCGACUGGGUGACACACACGCCUGUUGCUCAAUACUCUCUUCUCCUCUACACGCCGCCGGGGGGUGGGCUCGACGCUUGCUCGACGCCGCCCACCACGGAACAACUUCGAGGCACCAGAGCGACAGGUGCAGAACAGGGCGAUGCGCAAGCAAGUGGUAGCGGGGCCCGCGUAGUGAGUGGCGCGAGAGUGAGCGCCAGCCCCUCCUCUGGCCCCCCUCUCGUCCUCUUGUCCUCUCGUCCAGUGGCUGGACUGGCUACGGGCCAUCUCCACAAGCGCUCGCCAGCUUGCAGACAGACAGACAGGCACUCGGAGUCUACUAGAGAGAUAGUGGGAGAGAAAGAAAAGUGA